AUGGCUUUUUGCAAUAACACCAUCGCCGUUUCAUCGGAGCUAAUUGAAUUGGAGCUCAACGAAAUGUCGGAUGAGUUCGAAAAAAAGAAUGAGUCGUCGGAAGCCAAACCGGUUUCACAGCUACAAUUGAUCUUGAUGAGGGUUUUGCAUAUGGAUGAAUACGUCAAGUCCUUCGGAAAUAUGAUGUAUGUUCGCAAUUUUCUGUCACCGCCGUUAUUCACGUCCUCAAUCGCUGUGUCAAUUUACAGCCAAUACAUGAUGGGCUAUCCCGCUGGCUAUGGAUUUUCGGUUGUAUCUUACGUACAAAUGGUGAUUCUCUGCUACACUGGCCAAAAUAUCCAAGACCGAAAUGACCGAUUGCUCAAGGCAUUUUAUAAUUCAAAAUGGUAUCUUCUGCCAAAAAAGGAUCAAAAACAUAUUUUGCUCAUGAUUCUUCGAAUGGAAAACGGUGUCCGCGUCACCAUUGGCCCAUUUCAAUCUCUUAAUUAUGAAACGUUGAAAAUUUUGAGUCAGAAAAUUUAUUCGUUUCUCAUGUUUUUGAUCAAUUUGGGGACGUAAAUGGACUAAGAGAAAAUUUACUGCACUUUAUUAUAUAAAACAACAACCAACAAACAUGUUACUAAUUCACUCAAUAGGUACUUUUUUUUAAAGUUAAUAUGAUUCCAACCUGUUUAACGGUUUUGUUACUUUCCAAAAUAGACGGACUGGCCAGAAAUCGA